AUGCCAUUCCGUCCUCCCUUCUGGACGGCAGCUUCUACUUUGGCCCAGUCACGUCAGCGUCUACAGUAUUCCAAACUGGGUCGUUGGCGUCACAUAGCAGCGGGUUUUGUGUCAGAGGGUGUGAUUUAA